AUAAUCAAAUAAUCAUCUUCUUCUGCUGCAAACCCCUCUCUCACGUUACUCCCUCACGCUUGCACAAUUAGCACCAAUAUCCUUCAUUUCAAUCUCUGGAAUUUAGAACUCGUAUCGAAGGGGAAUUGUUGAUUUAAACAGAAAUUCGAUUGGGGUAAUAGGAAGAAGAAGAUGCGAGGAGAAUGUGGAAGGAGAUCGGAGAUAGACAAUCGGGAAAACUACGCCCUAAUUCUUUCAUCAGUCGUAUUCGAUCGAACAGAGCAUCAUCUCUUCAACUCUCCAAUCACAAAGAGAUUGUCUCUCCUCACCGUGGCGCCAUUAAUUCGCUUCAGGUUGAUUUGACAGAGGGAAGAUAUUUGUUAUCUGGAGCAUCUGAUGCAUCACUUUCUGUCUAUGAUAUCCAACAUACAACAGACUAUGAAGGAGGUGGUUUGAUUGCUAAGCAUAAGCCCAUACUCCAUGUCGAUAAGCAGCACCAAAAUGGUCACAAAUAUGCCAUAUCCACAGCCAUAUGGUAUCCAAUUGAUACAGGUCUUUUUGUCACAGGCUCGUUCGAUCACCACAUCAAUGUCUGGGAUACCAAUACCUCACAGGUGGUGAUGGAUUUUAAGAUGCCAGGAAAGGUUUAUAGGACAGCCAUGUCUUCAUUAGCCACAUCUCACAUGCUUAUAGCUGCUGCAACUGAAGAUGUUCAGGUUCGGCUUUGUGAUAUGGCUUCAGGGGCAUUUUCUCACACAUUGUCGGGUCAUCGUGAUGGCGUGAUGGCAGUGGAGUGGUCUGCUUGUAGUGAGUGGGUGUUGAUGACUGGAGGUUGUGAUGGGGCAAUAAGGUUUUGGGAUAUUAGACGUGCAGGAUGUUUUUCUGUUUUAGAUCAAUCUCACUCUCAGCUUGGAAGGCGUCCACCUCUACUUGAGAGGUCCACCACUAAGGUGACAACAUCUAGAUCCUUUUCACCUGGUCAAACAUCAUCUUCCAAGACUCGACCACCACAGAAAAAAGCCACCUCAAAACACUCUGGCGGCAGUAGGAUUCUCCGGCAGGGGAAGCAAAAACAGAGACUCCAUCCAGGGUUGUUAUCCAGCCAGGAUCGCGCUACAGCUCAUUAUGGUGCUGUUAUGGGCCUCAAAGCCACAGAAGAUGGCAUGUAUCUUCUAAGUGCAGGGUCUGAUUCAAGGUUAAGAUUGUGGGACAUUGAGUCUGGGUGCAAUACACUUGUGCACUUUGAGAUUACGCGAUUGCAAACUACUAAACCCAUACAGUUGGCUGUCACUCAGGAUUCUGCCCUUGUCUUUGUUCCAUGCAUGACAUCUCUCAAAGCAUUUGAUCUGUGGUCAGGGAAGACUAGUAUGACACUUCAAGGACACUAUGAGCAUGUAAAUUGCUGUUGCUAUAAUGCCUAUGAUCAGGAACUAUUCACAGGUGGAAAUGACAGACAUAUCCUUAUCUGGUCUCCUCCAAAGUUGAUUUCUCAAGAUGUGGAUGAAUGGGAUGGAAGAACAGGGAAGCCUCCUGCACUUGAUGAGGAUAACUGGAGUGACUGACUAGUCUUGUAUAUAUACAUUAUACAAUUAAACGUGUUUGCUUUUUAUGUAUUUGUUUAAAAUUCUAAAAGGGGUGACUCAGUACACAAAAGCUACACUUUGUUGAACUUCUCUUACAUAUAUUUAUAUGUAUAAUUUUAUUGGUA